AAUUGAUGAUCUGACGGUCUGAUUUCAUUGUCUCGCAACGGGGACUGUGGGAAAGAAAUCUGCUUGAAUUUAAGAGCAUCAUCUGAAUUGGACAAAGCGAUGGUUCGGGUGCACUGAGACACGAUGUGACAACAAAAAGUCAUGGAUGUUUCGCUGUGAUCGGCAUGGCAGCUCCAUUCCCGUCCAGUAGCAGCAUGGAUUCAUGGCCACAGAGGCGUGGCCUCCAGACUAUGAACCUGCGGUCAGUAUUCACAGUGGAGCAGCAGAUGAUCCUGGAGCGUUACUAUGAUAAUGGGAUGACCAAUCAGAGCAAGGCUUGUUUCCAGCUAAUACUGCAAUGUGCUCAGGAGGCCAAACUAGACUUCAGUGUUGUCCGGACGUGGGUUGGAAACAAAAGGCGGAAACUUGCAUCUAAGGGAGAUCUGAAUGGAGGCUUGUCUCAUCCCUUACCUAGUCAUGGACUUGCUGGGGCACUGUUGUCCAGUCACUCAUUAGCUCAAGGAGCUCUGUCCAAUCAUGGGCUGUCUGCAGCAACAUUGCUCCCAGCUGAACUCGCUGUCGUACGGAAUAUCCAUAAUCGUGCGCACCUUCUCCCUCCAUCAUCUUCCUCUGCUUCUUCUCCCUCUCCUAUCAGCAGUGGGAACAAUAACAACAAAAAUGACGUCAUACAGACCAGUAUUUACUCCCAGAACUCCAACACUCGCCCCCGGCCAAAACCCACAGGUUCCCUACAGUCAGAUACUGAGCUCUCACCUCUCCCUCCCUGCUCCUUACUCAGUAAGGCUGUGCAAAGUAGAACUACCUGCAGCUCCUUGUCUCUUCACUCCAAGCUUGUGUCACUCUCUCAGAAUUUGCCUUCCCUCACGUCUGCCUCUGCGUCUCUGGUCUACACUGCUGGAAGGGACAUGAAAACAAGUUUGUCCCUCAGGGAUGUAGGAUUGACUGCAGGGGUAGGAGGCCUACCUCCCAGCUGGACUCGACCAUAUGGCACUGCACAGACUCAGACAUGGCCCUCUUCCCCUCAGUCCCAGGCUCAACUUCAGCCCAGGUCUGAGACCAAUCCGCAACCACCUGCCCCAGCCCCACAGAAAACCCGUCUGUCCCUCCCACUCCAAAACUCGAGUCCUACCUCAGAGCAGACACCCUGCGUCCAGCAGAUGUUCACGAUAGCAGAAAGAAGUGAGGGCAUCAGAAAUAAGUCUGGACUGGGUUUUGCUUUAAAAGCCCAGGAAAUGCAGAGGCCAGUUCCACGCACUUUGGAUACCAGUCAUAACUUCUCCAUUGCCAUGGAAACCGCAGAUGAAGAAGAUGAGUGGCAAAGGGAAGAAGAGUUGGCAAACAUGGCUGCUCAGAAUAACAUCCAUCAGGAGCAGAGAACGUCUUUGGUAAAAGGGAGCCACUCAUUGACUACGGCCCACUCCCCAAAUCUGCUGAUUAAUAGCAACUCAACUCAUCAGGGCUGCUACUCCUUCACACAAACCUCACUUUCUGGGGAUGACAGCUCACAGACUUCAAUCAGUGCUGCCACUUGGGUUAUCAGCAACUCCAGAAAAAGAACAUUGCAGGAUCGCACCCAAUUCAGUGAUGGGGAUAUCAUUGAACUGAAACGCUACUGGGACAGGGGCAUGACCAGCCUGGGCUCAGUGUGCAGGGAAAAGAUCACUGCUGCAGCAAACCAGCUCAAUGUAGAUACUGAAAUAGUUAAGACAUGGAUUAGCAACAGACGAAGGAAGUACCGUCUCAUGGGUAUUGAAAUACCCCCGCCUAAAGGUGGGCCUGCUGUAUUCACAAACACGAGUUCCCCCAGAGGUGACUCGCCGGUGGCAUUUAGCCCCGAAGAAGAUCGUCUUCGAACACCCGAAUUCGGAGAUGACUUGAAUGACGGGGUAUCUCUCUGCCUCUCUGAAGAUAGCACCCCUGACUCACAACAGAGAGAUGAAAAUGGAGUGAAUGUGACUGGUGCUGCGCCGCUGGCCAAUGUGAAAGUUGAAGUGAUUGAUAAGGAUGAUGUGGAAGAUGACGACGAGGGUGAAAUGGUGCCCGUAGAUCUAGAGCAGAUGCAAAGCUUGCUUGAAUUCAAGCAUGAGGAAGUGCAGUUCUUAGAGAAUGAGCUAGAGAACCAAAAACAAAAAUACCUGGACCUUGCAAGCUUCACAAAUAGGCUGCUUAGUGCUCUGAGAAAUAAAGAUGUGGAAAAACAGCAAGAACUCAUUGCCAGUCUACCUCAGCCUUCGGACCCGGUGUGGGACAUGACCAAGGACAGAGGAACUCUGCCUGAUGUUGUGUCAGAAGAAAAGUCAUCCAAGUACCACAUUACUAUGACAACAAGUGGUAUUGAGCAUACGCAGGAGCUUACAGUCAAAGGCUCCCCAUUGAUGAACAUCAAAGACAAUUACAUUGAAGUUACUCAGCCCUCUGUAUCAGAGGAGCAAAUGCAAGGAGAGCAAGAAAAUGACUAAGUAUUUCGUAUACAGUAUACAACACCUCUGCACAAACAAAUGUUUCCAGAUGCUACACAGAAACGUAUUUUAAACAGGAGUCACUAACUAUUCAUCGUUACAAACACAUGCUUUGCGCCUAGUGCCUGUGGAUUGAAGGUUGUCUCAUUCAAUUCAUUUUUGAUGCACAUCAUUUGCCUUGCUCUUGUCAAGUCUGGAGAAAAGAAUAAAGAACUUCCAACUGA